UGCUGUAUGGGUGGUGUCAAUGACGAUGCCAUUUUUAUCGAUAGUCGACACGAUCGUGAAAACCGGUCAAUACUCGACAGUCACAAGCGCCUCCUCCCUGUGCCGCCUAGUCAUCCGUGGUUGCAGGAAAAUGGCGGAUGACCGUUUGGAUAUAAUAAUAUUUGGUGCCACUGGAUACACUGGAAAAUAUGUAGUGAAGAAUGUGACACAUAUGUGCAAAGAACAGAAAAUGAAGUUUGGUGUCUCUGGUCGCAGACAGAAAGCUCUGGAAACGGUUGUUAAAGAAUUCGCUUCAGAUAUUGAGAAUGUACCUAUUAUUCUGGCUGACGUAAAAGAUGAGGAAUCUCUCAAGAAAAUGACAAAGCAAGCAAGAGUACUCAUUAAUUGUUGUGGUCCAUAUACACUUUAUGGAGAACCAGUUGUUAAAGCGUGCAUUGCUACUCGCACUCAUUAUGUGGAUGUCACUGGUGAAGAACAGUUUAUGGUGGAAAUGCAAUUGGAAUAUAACGAGGCAGCUAAAGAAGCUGGAAUUUACGUAGUGAGUGCUUGCGGCUUUGAAUGUGUUCCCAGUGAUUUGGGAAUCGUUUUCACACAGGAGAAAUUUGGAGGAGAAGUCAAUGAUGUUGAAGUAUACAUGAAGAUGUGGUCAACCAGCACUGACAACAAAGGUCCGUAUUUGAAUUAUGGAACUUGGGAGUCCGCAAUAUAUAUUCUGGCUUAUGCAGACAAAUUACAAAAAUUACGCAACAAAUUGUAUCCUACCAAACUACCUGAACUCACGCCGAAAUUAAAAUCAAGAAGUAUAGUGCAUCAAAGUGAUGUUUCUAAAGGAUGGUCUGUACCCCUUUGGUACAAUCCCGAUCGACCACUAGCUCUUCGUACACAGCGAUUCUUCUAUGAGAAUUACAAAGAGAGGCCUGCGCAAGUUCAAUAUUAUGGUACGAUUGGAUCUUUCUUUAACUUGAUGAUGUUGGCCAUUGGCGGACUAAUAUUAUUGCUCAUGGCACACAUAGCGUGCGGCCGUAAGUUACUUUUGAAAUACCCGUCUUUAUUCACAUUCGGUUUAAUCACUCACGAAAAUCCGGAUCCGGAACUGUGGAAAUCGACGCAAUUUUCUGUGACGAUCAAAGCCCGUGGAUGGACCGAAAAGUUGGCCGAACCUACCGACAAACACACGAAUCCACCUAAUAAGACAGUAAUCACCAGAGUUUCCGGUGUGUCUCCUGCAUACGAAGCGACCAGUGUUAUGGCGAUCUUAUCAGCAAUAACAAUCCUUAACGAGGCUGGCAAAAUGCCUGACAACGGAGGCGUGCUCACUCCCGGUGCUGCAUUUGGUAAAACAUCUCUGGUUGAGCAACUGAAUAAGCAUAAUAUUAAAUUCGAGGUGAUAUCGUCUACCGUGAAAUAGAGACAAAUACAAAAGUUCUCUGCAAUUUUCGCCGACAGGAUCCUUUUUAAUACACUUUAUUAUUUGACUUUGAUACUACCAGUUUUACAAAUUGAUGGGUGGAGGUGGGUGGAGAUUCUGCUGCAUACAUGUUUCAAGAUAUUUAAAAAAUAAAUCAUUUAGAAGAUAUACAUGUAUUGAUGUAUGUAUGUAUACAUAUGCAUACAUCAUGGACGUUGGAAAUAUACAACGGAGCUUAAAAAGUA